AUGCACUUAGUGUGCUUGUUAUACAGUUUGUUCCUGGCAUUUAUGCAACCAAUAACCCAGAGACAGUAACAUAACCUCAACAUAAACAAAAGUUAUAUAAAUAUAUUUUUUGUGAUUAUUAUUACUUAAAAGUGUAAUUAACAUACAUAGUAUUGAAUUUUGUUAAUUUUUUAACAUGACUAAAUCCAAAGAUGUUGACCUUUUGUAUUCAAUAUCCAGAUUACUUUUUCCCAAAUAUCACCCGUUUUGGUUUUUAAUUUAUAUGUAUGGUUGGUAUUUUAAGAUAUGCAAAACGAAGAAAUUAUACAAAUAUAAAUUUGUGUCACACGAAAUCUUCAAUCAAAUCAAGACAAUAAAAUCUAAAGACUUAAAUAACAUUAUCCUAGUAAACUCUAGUAAUAUUUUAACAUCUAAUCAGUACUUAAGCUUUUAUUGUACUGAAACCCAGCGACAAAGAAUAGUUAAUGUUAUUCCUGUUAAUAUUCCCCAUGAUUUAAUUUUGGGUUCAAGUGUAUUAUUACACAACCUAUUCAAAGAUCAAGAUCACAAUAACUUAGAUAAACAUUUUAGAUUAUUAAAUUGCCAGGGACAUAAAAUUAAGUUUGCAUCAGAAGUGGAUAUAGCUUUAAUUAGUUGUCCAUUUGAGAUUUCAUUUGCUGUUAUUGAAUAUGUUUUGGGAAAAUAUUUUUCUACCCCAAAAAUUAUUUAUAAAUCAGACAUUAUAGCAAUAAACUUAAAAUACUUUUGUGACAAAAUAUUUUUUACGAAUAAUAAAAUUGAUGUUGAUACUUUAUAUUUCAAAUGUAAAAAGGUAAUUGUUGAUAAUAAAGAGGUGUCUGGAGGAUAUUUUUGUGUUAUUGGGGAAACCGCCAUUAAAAAAUCCGUGAACAUUCAAUCUUAUUUACCCAAAACUGGGAAACAUAUUAUUAGAUUGGAAAAUCCUCUUAUGGAAAUCCCGAUUUGUCCAUACGGAUUGCAGGAUCAUUUCGAUACCUUGAAAAAAGCCGUGGAGCCCUUCCUUGGCAAAAGGAAGCUAAACGUAUUACCAAUAUUUCUUCUUCAUGGUAAAAAGGGUUCUGGAAAAGAGCGAACUUUAAGAGCUUUGGCUUCACACUUUGGAUUACACUUCUACAAAAUAAAUAAUCUUGAUAUAUCUGCCAAUGUUUAUGCUCAAAAUGAACAAAAAAUGAAACAUUCAUUUUUCGUUGCACGAACUACGGCUCCAUGCAUUCUUACCAUCUUCAACUUCGAGAAUUUCGGAAAAAAUAAUGAGGGGCAAUUCGAUGAGAGAAUCAUUAACAGCUUUUCUCGGGAAUUGGACAGUCUCUAUGAGAACACAUUAUUCCCAAUAUUACUGUUCUGCUGUAGUAACGAGAAAACCAUACCGCCGGACUUACAAAAAGUGUUUUUGGAUACAUUCACAAUUGAUGCCCCCAAUCGUCAACAAAGGGAAAAUAACCUGAAAUGGAUUUUAGACAUGAAUAUGAUCUCUCACAAUGUGAACAUAAAUGAAAUAGCUGAUAAAACACAUGGCUUCCUAUUUGAUGAUUUAAAAGCUUUAAUGUAUUAUGCUCAAAAUGAUGCAAAAUUUAAUAACAAUAAUAACAAUAAUGCAAUAAUUACGAACGAGAAUUUCUUAAAAUCUUUAGAUUUUAUGCAGUUGAAUUACAAUGAAAGUUUGGGAGCUCCCAAAGUGCCCAAAGUCCAAUGGUCAGAUGUUGGUGGCUUGACGAAAGUGAAAGAUGAAAUUAUCAAAACCAUUAACUUACCCUUAAAGCAUCCCGAGUUAUUAAAAAGUUCUGGACUAAAAAGAUCAGGAAUAUUACUGUUUGGACCUCCGGGAACGGGAAAGACGUUAAUAGCAAAAGCUGUGGCUACUGAAUGUAGUUUGUGUUUUCUCUCCGUUAAGGGACCUGAAUUAUUGAACAUGUAUGUUGGACAAUCAGAAAAAAAUAUAAGAGAAGUAUUUGAGAGGGCCAGACAAGCGUCACCGUGCAUAAUAUUCUUUGAUGAACUAGACUCUCUUGCUCCCAAUCGUGGUAUGUCAGGCGAUUCUGGUGGUGUAAUGGAUCGGGUAGUCUCCCAGUUACUAGCCGAAAUGGACGGACUUGAAACAAGUACAAUUUUUAUUAUUGGAGCAACUAACAGACCAGACUUGGUGGAUCCCGCUUUAUUGCGACCUGGGCGAUUUGACAAAUUAUUGUACAUUGGACCUUGUGUAGAUGUGCCAUCAAAAAUUUCCGUGAUUAAGGCCAUAACAAGAAAGUUUCAAUUACACCCAAAUGUAGAUUUAGAAAAAAUUGUUACGAUGUGUCCUAUAAAUAUAACUGGUGCUGAUUUUUAUGGAAUAUGCUCUAGUGCUUGGAAUUGUGCUGUUAGAAGACUAAUAUGUAAUAUUCAGCAAGGUAUAACCGAUCGUGAUGAAGGUGUAACUCAAAAAGACAUUGUUGUAACCAUGGAAGAUUUCUUAAUGUCUAUACAAAAUGUUAAACCAUCUAUAAACGCAGCCGAUUUAAAAUAUUUUGAAAAGUUGAAGAGUGAAUUGGGAAGUAUUAUUUAAAUGUUAUGAAAUAAAGAUUUAUAAAUUGA